GAAGCUUUAAUUGCCAUAACUAUAUUUCCUUCUUUCUUUCUGGACCAUCUAUCUGAAACAUGGGACUGGAAGGCGUUGAACCGUCGGCGUUGAUUAGAGAUUUUCUUGCAGAGUGCAGCGGCUACGCGGUCGUGGACGGUGGGUUCGCCACCGAGCUCGAACGCCAUGGUCAAGACCUCAAUGAUCCUCUAUGGAGUGCCAAGUGUCUUAUCUCUUCUCCCGAACUGGUCCGAAGGGUUCACCUAGAUUACCUUGAAGUAGGCGCAAAUGUGAUUAUAAGUGCAUCAUAUCAGGCCACUGUUCAGGGCUUUGAAGCCAAAGGGCUGUCCACUGAAGAAGCUGAAACAUUGAUCAAGAGAAGCGUCGAAAUUGCAUGUGAGGCUCGCCAAAUUUACCUCCAAAGAUGUGCCAAAGGCUGUUGGGACUUCCUUGAUACUGGGAACACUACACAACGUCCUGUUCUAGUUGCUGCUUCUGUUGGCAGCUAUGGUGCUUAUUUGGCUGAUGGAUCCGAGUAUAGUGGCCACUAUGGUGAUUCAGUGACAUUGGAAACAUUGAAGGAUUUCCACAGGAGAAGGGUACAAAUUCUAGCCAACUCCGGUGCAGAUCUCAUCGCGUUCGAAACAAUCCCGAACAAGCUAGAAGCACAACCAUAUAAUAAGCUUCUCAGGGAGGAAAACAUAAGCAUCCCAGCCUGGUUUUCAUUCACUUCCAAAGAGGGAAUCAAUACGGUCAGUGGCGAUUCCAUUGCCGAAUGUGCCUACGUUGCCGAUUCAUGCAACCGAGUUGUUGCCUUUGGAAUCAACUGUACUCCUCCGAGGCUCAUCCAUGGACUCAUUCUCUCUAUUAAAAAGGUGGAAAAUAAGCCAGUGAUCAUAUAUCCCAACAGUGGUGAGACUUACAAUGCAGAAACCAAUCAACGGGAGAAAUCAGAAGGGAAAACAGAAGAGGAUUUUGUAACAUAUGUGGGGAAAUGGAGAGAUGCAGGGGCUUCUCUCUUUGGUGGUUGCUGCAGGACUACACCAAACACCAUCAGAGCCAUAACAAGUGUUCUCUUUGGCAAAGCUUCACUUGAUAAUUAAAUCAGAUACUUACUAUGGAACUUUGCCCUUUUCCUUGUAAUGUCCUGUAGAAAUCUACUAAUAAAUCUCAAUGCAGCAGGAAUCUGCUAAUGAUGUCAAUGUAAUGAUGUACUGUGUUAAAAGAAUAAA